CGCUCUUUCAACACGUAGCAUUCGUAGCAACACAAGUGAGGCAACAUUUGAACGAGUGAGGCAACAUGCCCGUUCUGUUGCCAAAGUCUGUUUUUCUCCUCUUUUUGAAACGUCAGUUUACAUUUGGAAGCAACAAAGCAAAGUACCGUUUGGACUGUAAUAGAGCGCGUGUGUUUGUACUUGAAUGUGUGUGUGUGUGUGAUUUUGCAUAAAAAAUUGUGUAUAAUUUGAAUUUGAAUUUACUACAUGCAAGAUCAAAUGUAUAUUUAACAUAAAAUAGUACAGUAGCAAAGUCCACAAUAACAGCAAAGAUGUGCAGCUGAUGGGAAAAACCUACCACUUUUAAACUAGUGCGUGGGAAAAAUCGAUCCACAAACUGUUUGCAAAGAACAUGAAAAAUGUUGGCUUAAACGAGAGACUCUGACAAAAACAACAACAACAACAAUUUAACUGUGAUACAUUUUUGCAGUACAAAUUAGUUAAAAGAAACACUUAGAAUAGCAAUAAAGAACUAAACGACAACUCCAACAGUACACUUAUUUUUUCAAGUGCAAUAAAACAAUUUUCGCCAAGAUUCUCAAGUAACUAAUUCAUCUCGAAACAUUCCUGCGCAACAUAAAAACAACAAAAUGGCUGUAAAAAUGUACUAGGCCAGCCCUCACAAUGUCUGUCCCUGUACGCUACUCUGCUGCCGCCGAAUACGCCGUCGUCGUUGAAAGUGGUUUGGAUAAUACUCUAACCCAAGAAGAGCAAUACCACCAACAACAACAGCAGCAGCAGCAGCAGCAGCAACUGCAGCAACAAUUCGAACAGCAGCAAUACGCGCAAUACCAACAGCAAUACGAACAGGAGCGGGAGCAGGAGGAGGCUCUUUUGUAUUGCCAAUUGCAGCAGCAGCUGGAGGCGGAGCAGCAGGCGUUGCGGCAGCAGCAGCAGCAGUUGAUGCAGCAGCGGUCAUCGAUGUUGAUGUCCUCAACGGCUAUGCCAGCACUUGAUUUGCCCAACAACAACAAUAUAAAUAACAACGUCGCCAGCAUCAAUAACCACCACCAUCACAACAACAACAACAACAACGUUAACAACAUGGAUGCAAUUAGCAUCAAUGCUAUCCUGGUCGAUGAUGAGCAACCAUCAACAUCGGCUCAGGCAGCGGCGGCUAUUUUAAGGGGCAAAUCAAUGGGCAAUGGCAUCGACGGGGGGGAUCAGAAUGCAGAGAUGCCAACUGAUUGGAUGAGGAUUGCGGACGAGGGCCGGUAUGGGACACCGGGUGCUGCUGGCUUGGAAUAUCAAAAGUACGAACAACAAACACUGGAAACUGAAGCUGGAACCGCAGGAGCUGGAGCAGCUGGAGCUGAGCCGACAGCGCUUAAAAAACUAGAGGAUCAAUUACAUGCGCUUAGCUCGGAUGAACUGUAUGAGACUCUAAAAGAGUACGAUGCACUGCAGGAUAAAUAUCAUACGGUAUUGUUGCUGCCCAAGGAGUCGAGGCGCGAGGUUACCGCCGGCGGACGUGAUGGAUCAGCGUAUGUGCUGCGUUGUCUGAAGAUGUGGUACGAGCUGCCGUCGGAUGUGCUGUUCUCGGCCAUGAGCCUGGUGGAUCGCUUUCUGGAUCGCAUGGCUGUCAAGCCGAAGCAUAUGGCCUGCAUGAGCGUUGCCUCCUUCCAUUUGGCCAUCAAGCAGCUGGACUUGAAGCCCAUACCUGCCGACGAUUUGGUAACAAUAUCUCAGUGUGGUUGUACCGCUGGCGAUCUGGAACGCAUGGCCGGGGUUAUUGCCAAUAAACUGGGCGUACAGAUGGGACAUGCGCCCAUCACAUCCGUUAGCUACCUGCGCAUCUAUUACGCACUCUUCCGCAAUUUGGCGAAGGAGAUUGGCGGUGAUUUCUUCAAAUUCUAUCAACAGCUCAUCAAACUGGAGGAGCUGGAGAAUCGUUUGGAGAUAUUGCUGUGCGAUGUCAAGACGACGGUCAUUACGCCGGCGACUUUGGCUCUAGUGCUCAUCUGCCUGCAUCUGGAUUUCCAUAUUAAGGAGUCGUACACACGCGGCAGUCCCGAACUGAAGCAUGUAUUUGAGUACAUACUCUUCCUGCAGCAAUACAUGAGGAUUCCCGAUCGCGUUUUCACCUGCGGUUUUAGCAUUGUCUCGGGCAUUCUGUCCCACUACAAUGGACAGAAUAAGGCGCCCUACAAGCAGCGGCUUGUCUGGAAAUUAUCCAGUCGCACGCUGCGCGUCCUGCGCCCGAUCAAUCGCUUCUCAUCCGAUUUGCCCACCAUCGAGGAGGGUAUAUCGAAUGCCCUAGAUGAUGGCCUGCGCUCGAGAACCGAGAGUAUUAGCUCCGAGGAGGAGGAGGACUGGCCAACUUCACCCAUUAUUCCAAUUUUCGAACAAUGUUAGUAGCACCCAGCAGCAAAGCAGCAGCCCCCAAUAAUAGGACAACAGGGGGAAGGGAUUGAAGCAGCAGCAGCAGGCAGGCAGGCAGGAAUCAUCAUCAUCUAUGCGUACAACAUUAGCAACAGCAGCAGCAGCAGCAGCAACAAAUUGUGGCAGCAGUAGAAAAGACAUAUCUACAGCUAAAACGAGAACUGAGUAACUGCUCCACAAUUCGUGUGACUGUGCGUGUGCGUGUGCUAGUGUAUGUGUGCAAGGGGUGUGCGUGUGUGUAUAUAUUGCUA